UGCCUCAGUCGCUGGGGGACAAGCCGGAGCCGCGGCGGGCGCUCGCUGCCACUCUUUCUCCCCUGGGCGGGCUGUACAAUCCUCGGCAGUGUCCUGAGACUGUAUGGUCAGCUCAGGGGUGAGGCGGCCGGGGGACUUCUUGCCUUGCGUCGGGGGGGACGUGGAGACAGCGCGCGAGCAGUGGCCCUUGCCCGAGAGGCGACCUGCCCAACCCCAGCAGAGCGGGAGACGCAGAAAAACAGCCCAGCCUAGCCCUGCCUGCACCUAUCAAAGGCCUCCGGGGACCUUCCCGCCCUCCGUAGCCAGGCCCUCUUGCCUGGGAUCUGCCUGCGCCGGGCUUCCUUUGCCCGCACCAGCCCUCCUGCCUCCCAGCCGUGUACUUGGCUUAACCAACCGCCGAGGGGAACAGCGGCGGCAGCUUUCAAGAUGACAGCUGAGAAGGAAAAGAAGAGGAGCAGUUCUGAAAGGAGGAAGGAGAAGUCAAGAGAUGCUGCAAGGUGCAGAAGAAGCAAAGAGACUGAAGUAUUCUAUGAGCUGGCCCAUGAACUGCCUUUGCCUCACAACAUUAGUUCACACCUGGACAAGGCAUCAAUAAUGCGUCUUGCAAUCAGUUUCUUAAGGACACACAAGCUGUUGUCUUCAGUCUGCACUGACAACGAGAAUGAAAUUGAAACCGAUCAGCAAAUGGACAACUUGUACUUGAAGGCUUUGGAAGGAUUUAUUACUGUGAUCACACAGGAUGGAGACAUGAUCUUUUUGUCAGAGAACAUCAGUAAAUAUAUGGGUCUGACACAGGUGGAAUUAACUGGGCACAGCAUUUUUGACUUCACCCAUCCAUGUGAUCAUGAGGAAAUUCGAGAAAACCUGAGUCUGAAAAAUGGUCCAGGCUUUGGGAAAAAAAGUAAAGAGAUGUCCAUGGAACGUGACUUCUUCAUGAGAAUGAAAUGCACUGUUACCAACAGAGGUAGAACCGUCAAUCUCAAAUCUGCCACAUGGAAGGUUCUGCAUUGCACUGGGCAAAUUAAGGUCUAUAAUACAUGCCCUCCUCAUGCCCUGUGUGGCUAUAAGGAGCCUCUCUUGUCCUGCCUUAUAUUAAUGUGUGAGCCUAUUCAGCACCCUUCCAACACUGAUAUCCCACUGGAUAGCAAGACGUUCCUGAGUCGUCAUAGCAUGGACAUGAAAUUCACCUACUGUGAUGACAGGAUAACUGAAUUGGUUGGAUAUCAUCCUGAGGAGCUGUUGGGCCGUUCUGCAUAUGAGUUCUAUCAUGCAUUGGAUUCUGAGAAUAUGACCAAAAGUCAUCAGAACUUGUGUGCCAAAGGUCAAGUGAUCACUGGACAAUAUCGCAUGCUUGCCAAACAUGGUGGCUACGUAUGGCUGGAGACCCAAGGAACAGUCAUCUACAACACACGCAACUUGCAGCCUCAGUGCAUCAUCAGUGUCAACUAUGUUCUGAGUGAAAUAGAGAACAACGAUAUUGUGUUCUCCAUGGAUCAGACAGAAUCGCUGUUUAAGCCUCGCAUGAUGGCAAUGAAUCCAGGAAUGUUUGACAGUGGCGACCCAGUAGUGGAUAAGAGCGAUUUCUUGUUCACCAAGCUGAAAGAAGAACCAGAAGAACUGGCUCAGUUGGCACCAACACCAGGCGAUGCUAUUAUAUCUCUUGACUUUGGAACACAGAAGUUUGAGGAAAUCUCUACCUACAACAAAGCUGUGAUGACCCCAAACAAGCAGUGGCCUCCAGAAGCAAAGAGCCAGGCUCCCCAGGCCGAAAAGCUGAGUGUGCCAUCAUUUACACUGCCCCAGGUUGCUCCUGGCAGCAGCACUCCCAGCGCAAGCAGCAACAGCAGCUGUUCCACUCCCAGUAGCCCUGGAGACUAUUACACUUCCUUAGAUGAAGACCUGAAGAUUGAGAUGAUCGAGAAACUUUUUGCCAUGGACACAGAUGCCAAAAAUCAGUGCAGCUCACAGACUGACUUCAAUGAGCUGGACCUUGAGACCUUAGCUCCUUAUAUUCCCAUGGAUGGAGAAGAUUUCCAGCUCAGUCCUAUCUGCCAAGAAGAACGUCCUCUCUCUGAAAGUGUCCAACUCACACAGCAGAGCUUAAGUAACAUGAGCAACCUCUUUCAGCCCCUUGCUCCGCCCUCACAAAGCCAGUUCCUUCCAGAGAAAUACUGCCAGCAGAUGUCUAACAAAAACAUCAACGCAGGCCAGGCAACUGGGCUGUCAGCAUUCUUCCACCAUGGAAGCCAGUCAUCAUCAUUGCUGCCCUACUAUGCACAAGCCAGCACUCCACUGUCUUCGAUGGGUGGAAUACCAAAUACUCAGUGGCCACCUGACCCUCCAUUACAAUACAUCCCUACUAAAUGGGCAACAAGGCUAAUGGGCAACAGGUGUUCUGGAGCCCUCACCGGCUCUCCAUCAGGGUCACCAUUGCAUUUGCCUAACAUGAACUUGUAUAAGAAAAGGUCACUAGAGAGUUAUGGAGAGCGGGGCAUAGACAUAAACCCUUCACGGAUGGCUCUUGCCAACAGUUUGAAGCUGAAGCGGCAGCUUGACUAUGAAGAUCAAGGAUUUCUACAUCCAAAUGGGACACAGGGAGACACCUCUGGCAUCAACCCAUCCCACUUAAUGUGGAAAAGGAUGAAAAUUCUCAAAGGUGAAAACUGUGCAUUGCUCACAGAGAGGAAGUCACUCAGCACAAGUGUCCUUAAUGAUGAGUUUCUUUGUAACCCACAAAAAGGCUCAGGCCAGCCACUGAACAUGGCACAGCAGCCACCGCAACAGCCACUCUCCUCCUCUGGAAACCCUGCUGAUCAACCUAAAGCCACAUUCUCCCCCCACUUUUACAGUUCCCCAUAUCAGGACUUCCGUGUGUCACGAGCUCAUAGGAUGUCAGGCGUCACGAGUCGUCUGCUUGGUCCAUCUUUUGAACCUUAUUUGUUGCCAGAAUUGACCAGAUAUGACUGUGAGGUUAAUGUCCCGGUGCUGGGCAGUUCGACACUUCUGCAGGGGAGUGAAUUGCUGCGAGCUCUCGACCAGUCAACUUGAGUCCCCUCGGCAGGCUUCCCUGGCCUGUAUUGCUUCAAACAGCAUCAGUUUUUAAAUCUAUUUUUGCAAGUAGACAGUUUCUAAUGUUGAUUACACUGUUACAAGAUUUUACUUACCUAUUGAACUUGUCACAUUACCAAAUAGUGGCCUUUUUGUGAAGUUACUCACUUUCUUAUUUGUAUUAAAAGAAAUAUGCAUCUACUGUAUUUUUUCCUAGUUCAAUAAAACGUUCCUUAGAAAUUUUAUAUUAUUCCCCUUCACUGUGUGUAAUUUAUAUGUUCUAAAACUUCCUCAAUAUUCAAUCUAAUUAAAAAAAGAUGUGAUGUGCUAAUGCCUGUAUGUAAUCCUUUGGCUUCAUUAUUGCAAAGAUUUUAUUUUUAUUGCCAAAGAUAGGUGAAAAAGAUAUUUUCCCUAAUCACAGUCAGCACUGUCUUAUUUAAAUAAAAUACUCACUGCGUGUCCUUAGAUUUUCUACUUUGUGCCUUUUCCAGCAUGAAAAAUAUUGCAAGUUUUGAUUUCUUCAGAGCAAAAAAAAGUGCAAAACACUCUGAAUUCCCCCCACAUACACACAUUUGUAAUAUGCAACUUGCUAAGAGCGAAUUGCAGCUUUGGAAUGCUAUGCAAGUUGCCAGUUACAGCUUUUUCUAAUACGGAGUUCAGAACCGUAAGACUUCAUUUGUGGCUUUGAGGGGGGCCAGAUCAGCUGCAUAAGCAAUCUGAGCAAUAGACUUGAGGCAAUGAAGCAAAUGUAUGAUCUGCAAGCCUGGCAUCUAAAGAUGUACCACUUGGAUCAUAAAGUGCAGCUAUUUAGGUCAGCCAUUUCGACUGGCCAUGAUUUGGGCUGGCCAUGGGAAUUAUUUUUGCCUAUAGAAGAACUGAAGUUAUUAGACAAGUAACUGCCAUGAGUUUUAGAAUACCAAGGUGCCUUCCCCAGUAGAAUCUUCCCAAAUCCCAGGAUAAACUCAGCAGAUUAAACAGGUGGGUAGGGUGCUGCUACCUUUCAUUUUUUUUAUCAUGGUAGUGAGAGUUCAAAAUGGCAGCACUCCUGCUUCCAAUCUCCUUGAGGUCAGUUUUGCCCUUAUCAGCAGCUCUCUGAGUAAGUCAGGAGUUUGGGAAUGAAUCAGAGUUGGGUCUAGAGGUGAUUUACAGAGAAUUCCAGAUUGUUGGAGAAAUUUUUCAAUCUCUGUUUUUUAAUUCACCAGUUUUUUAAAACAAAACAUAACCGAGUUAUGAGUUUUUCUUUGGGCUAAAUAUUUAUCGUGUAUUGGUACUUUGUUAUACUUAUAUGUGGAACCAUGAACCCUUUUAAGGAGCUAUUUUACUUAGAUCUGGUAAGAGUUUUUUUGUUCGGCUGGGGCAAUGUUGCAGGGUUUGUCCAAAGGUUAUUACUAACACUGAUAAUUGCCAGUUAAAUUGGGUAUUUGUUUCCAGCUUGUUAGCCUCUUUCUCUGCCAUAAUGAAUUUUGCUGAGAAAUACAACUUUAAAUGUAUUUGCUUGCCUAUAUAUUACCAUGUUAUUUGUGGAGAAAUCAAAUAUUACGGAGUGUCUGAGUGGGAGAGCAUGUAUUGUGUCUAUAGCUUGCCUUUUAACUGCUGAUAGCCUUUCAGGAGCAAAUAAAUUUGCAGUCAGCCAUCAAAAAGCUGACCUGAUAGUUUGAGAAAUGCCAUAAAAACAAUGUUGGUGCUCAGGAAUUUAUUUAACGGGAGGGAUUCUGUAUUGUUCCCUGAAAGCCCCAUUGCCUUGGCUUAGCAAGCAGGCGCACUCUAUAUUCAGUCCAGCAAUAAUAUAAAGGAAUUCAGGGGUUCGGAUUUUUUAAAAAAAGAUUUAUUAAAGUCUAAAGUUUAAGUGAGAGAAUCAAGGUUAUGAGGGCCAAGGGGAAAAUUUAGGGUGAUUUUUAAAAACCAGGAUAUCAGAUUGUGCCCAUCUGCCAAUAUAAUUGCCAGAUGUAAAUUAACAUACCUAUACAGAAGUCAGUGCACUCAUGAAAACUGUGCUCACGAACUCCUGAAGAUCAUUGCUGCAGCCCAGUGAACACCUCACAUUACUGACAACAACCCGCCCCAUUAAUUUACAGCCUAAGGAACUCUCUGAGCAGGCUCUGACCCAUAAAUCAUAUGCCACAGCAAGCUAACAUGGUUCCUACUCUGGAAUUCAUAAAGCUCUGCCGAAGCUCUGCAUGGUCUUCAAUGAAUGUAUGGAGCUCCAGCAAAGAUGGGCUCCCACAUUCACAGGUGCAGCUUUGUUGUUUGCAGCUGUCCCUGGCACUCAGGUGCCAAGAGAGAUUCCUGUAGGUAGCAGAUCUUCAUGAGUGCGCUGAAGUUCCUAUACCCCUAAAGACUUCUGGCAUUGGCUUUAUGUUUAUCCUUUUAUUUCAGUUCACUUUUUUGAGAUGCUGAAUCCUUUGAAGGGCCAAUUUUGAUAUAAUGUGCACAAGCCAAAGCAGUGCUAAAUUGUUUCUGUUUGAAAUCUGAUGGUAUUGAAAUAUUUAAUUUAGUACAGAUUGUGCUCAGCUUUUUUCCCCUCCAUGGAGAGGUACUUGUGAAAAUUGCUGUCUAUGGAAAGAUUUGUGAGCAAAAAUGCUUGAGAAUCUAGUCUGGUUGAGGAUUUUCCCUUCAGAGUCCAUUCAGGUAUUUACAUUUUAAUUAUUUUUUUUUCAUGAGUAUUCCUCCAUGGAGGCAAAACUGUACAUUGGAACUGGCAUGAAGUGUGCAUUCUAGAAACCCUUUUCAACUGUAGUUCUUUGUCCUGGUGCAGAAUCUCCCAGGUGCUCAAAGCUUGCAUGCAAAAAGUGCUGCUGGUUCCUGCAUUAGAUUUUAGCAGUCUCCUUGCAGGCCACAGAAAGUGCACCAGUGAGUAGCCCUUCUACCAAAAGGGCAAGCUGUAUUGACAAGUAAAUUUCCUGGAUUCAUUCCCCGUGGUCUCUGCCAGCAUGCAGGAGAUCCGCAUCAAGAGGGGAAAUUCCCCAGGUGCUAAUGGCAGGCCCUCCCAGAAUCCCUGCUCAAGCAAGACUGAGUAGGGCGCUCUGCUAGGGCUUGUGCAGACUUCAGUGUCUGCCUGUGCCAGUACUGUACAAAGUUCAAGAUGAGUCUCUAGAUGCUGAAGGUGAGAACACUUUUAAGAUUAGAAAGCACGGCAUUGAUUGAGCACUUCCAAGUUUAUGGUCUUUAAGCCAUUUAUAACACAGUUUCAGAUAAUGGUGGGAGGGAUGAGAUUGGUCUUUUGUCAUUUUUAAAUAAAGGUUUAAGGCCUAUGAUGAAGUCUGAAGUUGUUACCAAAAAAAAAAAAAAAGAUCAAUGGCUCGAUCCUCCCAAUACUAAGCACUUUUAAGUCCUGUUGAUGCGAACAAUGCAUCAAACAAGCAACCCAUCUAUGGGGGCUAUGAUUGGCUGCAGAUUUCUGUUGAUCAUCCAAUCAGAGGCAAAUCCACCUUUGCUUCUGAGAAAUUAGUGAAGUGGGCCUUUACUGUGUUUAACUUUUGACUGGAUCAUGCCUUGAGUUACUGUGAUAAGUCAAAUUAUAGCUAAGCUUUAGAAAGAAGCAUCAGUUAAUAGUGGCAACAUGAGGUGGUCAACCUCACCCAGUUCACUCUAAAACAAUCCCAUUGGUUUAUUGUGGUAACUGGAGUAAGCUGUUUGAAGCCUGUGGCCUUAGCUAAGUGGAUUUGACAAAGCUGUUGUGGUAAUAACUUUUGUGCUUGAAGGGUUAAUGACACUUUUUAAAAAUAAAUUAGCUUCUUUAUACUUACAAUUUUUUAAAAAAUGUACCGUAACCAUUUACUAAACUCACUGGGAAUGGGGGAGGGUGGGAGGGGGUUAAGAAAAAUCCAUGCUUAAAAUAUUAACCAUAACUAUUGUCAUAAAUAUUUCAUUCUCUCUAUGUUGUUGGAUUUCUUAUUGAUAAUAUUUUAACUGUAUGGGAACUUUUAACUUGAGAAGGAAAUGUAUUUUGACACUGAUACCUUAUUAAAGUAUACUGAUCCUCCA